AUACCUAUGCACGUACUGCAGAACACUUUGAUUUAGUCUGUCUACAGUUUAAAAACAGAUACAUCUGGUAUCUAGGCCAAGAAGUUGGUAAUGGAUUAUAAAACACUACCAGAAAGAAAAAUAUACAUAUAUAUAUCACAUUAAAAUUGCGCUCUAUAGUUUGUAUGUAUGUAUGUAUGUAUGUGUAUUUAUAUGUAGAGAUGCAUGUGUGUAUGGUUACGUGUGUAUGUCUAUAUUGUAUACAAUGGCAAUAUAGACAGAAACUAAUUUCUAGACAAUCUGUUGUUACGUAACUAGACUAAUUAUUAGAAAAAGAUACUAAGAUCACAUUAAUAGACAAUUCUUUAUGUGACCGAAAUUACACAUAUUUGUCGGGACUUUUUUCUUUACAAUUGUAUAACAUAGAAAUGAUCAUUGAAACUACUAUUAUUAUACCAAAGUUAGUUAGUCCUAGAUUUAGGACAUACAACAGUAUGGUAAUACUUUCUUCUUCUUUUUUUGUUCUCUUCUAUUUCAAAUGAUGAGUGAUUAUUAUUGGAUAGCAAUUGAUCAUUAUAGAUUCAAUCAUCAAAUGACAGAUUCACAAGUUAAAAUGAUUUGAAAAAAUGAUGAUAUCACAGAACCAUGUUGAAUUAGUCAAAGAAGCAACAAAAAGAGAAAUGUAUAUUCAAACAAUGAUCAAUAAUCUUCAAUAAGAAAAUAUAUAUAUAUGGAGUUUUAUUCUCUGAACUGGAUGGUUUGAUUAUGAAACUUUCAUUAUUCUUCGGAAUAAUAUCAUCAUUAGUACAAACGUCAAGUCGAAGUGAUGUGUUCGAACUUCACCAUAUGUGCACGUAUAUGUAACACUACCUUUAAUACAUUGAAUAGAAAAAGAAAAAGAAAAGAGAAAAGAGAAAAAGUAUAGUUUACUUGAAUCAUUAUGUAACAAAUGAUCAUUAUAUAAAUAUCACUGUAACAUGUCCUACACAUUUCCUUAAUCAAGGUCAUACCAUACAUAGAUAAACAAUAAUUAGACAAAAUAUCACUAUGGUAAAAUCAAUCUUUUAUUCAUUAUGUUCAGAAAUAACUGAAAUGUUAUGGACUAGACUAAUUUAAGUAAUCAAAUUCAUUAAUUGAGUAAUAUAUAUAUAUAUAUAUAUAUAUAUAUAUAUAUAUAUAUAUAUAUAAGAAACAAAAACGGGUGUCCUGGAUUCCAUCAUUAGCUACUAUCCAUCUUUACUUAUUAUGCUUAUGACUUAAGGUAAUAUCGAAGCAAUCCAUAUAGGAUGUAUAUAUUACCAAUAAGAGAUUGGUCAAUUACAGUCCUAAAAACAACACUAUGUGAAUUUAUAUUUUCAUAAUGUUUGUUAGUUCAAUCGAAUAUGUUUUUUCUAAUAAAAGAAAAGAAAAAGAACAAAAAAAAUCGAUCUAAUUCAGAUCUAGAUAUUGUCAUUGAUGAAGGAAUGAUAAACAGUAAGUUUCAUUAUAUAAAUAUGUUGAUAGAUAAUAAGUAGUAUUUAUGUAAAUGAUUUCAUAAACUUAAUAUUAAUUACUUGCUUACGUCUGUUACUUCUUGUGAAAGAGCAUAGGCCGCUCAUCAACAUUCUUCAUCGAACUUUGUCAUAGACAAUCUUUUUCAGAUCUGAUUCUAUUUCUCGACGUAAUGUGUUCUUUAGUCUUCUUCUUUUACACUUCCUUUCAGGAUUACAAGUUAGGGCUUACCUCAUGAUGCAGACUGAUCAACUUACUAUGAUGAAUAAUAUAGAAUAAAAUAAAGAAAUGGUCAUAAAUGCUCAAACUUAUCGAUUUUUGAUCUACAUUAUUUUGAUAGACAUAAACUAUCUUAUUGAUAGUUUAUAUAAUUGUUAUAGUUUAUGAUUGAAUAUUGUUUAUGACUUUUGCCUUGUUCAUUAUCAUGUGAUACGAUAAGCAAUUAGAAUGUCGACUUUAUAUGACGUUGGCAUUAUGCCAAACAAAUGAUGCGUUAACCAGUACAAGCAACCUGGGGUCAUUUCUGAGUAGUUAUUGAUAUCUUUCGUCUAGUUCUGCUCGGUUGAGCCUAGAACACAAUCACAGCUUUUAUUGUAUCAAUCAUAUAUUUCAGACAUACAUGGUUUAUAGACAAACAACCCAAAUCGCAUCAUACCAAGAGUUAUGUAAUAAGAAUACAUAUGUAAUAUCAGUUCAUAAAUAGGUCCUAGCAGUGACCAUUCAUUUAUCAUUAGUUAGAAUAUAAGAGAGAUCCUAAGUGAUAUAUAGCCCCCAAAUGCCCUAGUGUGGCCGAGAGUAGGGAGAGUCCACUCUCCCUCUCGAAAUGCUCUCACAUGGCCACGCGUAUAUAGCCUCUGCCAGCGAAGUCCUACUCACUGCCUUCUCGUGGCACUACUGUUGUUUACGAAAAUGAGAGGACGAAAAGUGAAUGUCCGGCGCUUUAACCGGAUCCCAAACCAAAUCAAUGGUGCACAUGAGCUCCAGUAUCUUGCGGGAGCAAAUGGCGUAUGAACCAAUCGUUGGUCACCGGCUUCCAUAGGACUGCAUCUCCUCACGAUGCUCCACUGCCUUGUGGGUCAGACCUUCAGGUCGAAGGCUCGGGGAGUGGCCCCCUAAGAAAACCACCUGUUUCGGUUUGGGCACCCGGGCAGUAUCCCAGCCCUCACACAUAUCAAAUGAGAUUUGUGUGGCGCAUAUGUAGUUGGUGCCUCCUUGUACCAAUAUCUAUGUGUUAAAAUAAAAUAAGUGAUAUAAAUCAAUAAUUAAAUGAAUUUAUGUAAUAACCUAAAAUGUUUUGUAGAGAAACUAUUUUAGGCUUGUAACAGCUUAGAUCAUUAGAAAAUCCAAACCUUUUUUUGUGUGCACUUGACAACAAUUUGUUUCAGUCUUAAAUCUGCUCUGGUAAACUUAUGGAUAAAUCUGUUUCCUGAACUAAUUCCCUCUACAUUACAGAUUAAAUAUAUUUAAUUGUGAUUAUCAAGAUGGUGGAGAAGAUUUGUAAAUCAGUUGCAUGAUUUUGAUGAUGUUGAACUCCAUCAAAAUUGUGAUUAUCAGUGGAACCUAGGAAACGUAUUCUACUCUGGAUUCCACUGCUGAUAUUCAUACUGAGACUUGGAUUUAAUACACUGAACCAAAAUCAUCCACCUGAGCUACAAAUCUCCACACUGAACUUCAAAAGCCAACCCUGUAUUACCUAAUCACUAUGUCUAAAUAUAUAUUUCUAUGUUAUAGACAAUAGUUACGUAUGACAGUUAUUAACUGAUCAAUGACUUACCUUUAGCACUAAUGUGAUACAUAUAUAUAAUUUUCAUAUUAUAUCACACAUUGAUCUUAGUUAAAUAACCAUUGAAAACUAGAAACCGCUGAACAUAUGCUUAGUCCUAUUAUAAGACUACUCAACAGUGAGAACGUGCAAUUUAUCCGAGGAUCGAACCCAGGACAUUUGUGUCUCAAUACUAGAACUUAACUCCUAGAUCACUGGAUCAACAUCCUUUGGUUUUGUAUUUAAGUAAGUUAAUUAGUUCACCAAUUAUUCUACCUUUUGAUAACUAUUCAUUAGUAGGGUAGAUUAUGUGUUUUGCAUCAUAAAUACUCAAUACUCGUUCACUAUUAGAUACAUAGGGGAUAUUUAUUUCAUUAUUACACAAUUAAUAUCUUGAAAAAAGAAUUGAUUAUUUCCCUGAACUAUUUCCCAGCUCAUACUGUAGUAUGAAAUCAAUGAAUAAUAUUGAUUUUAACUGAAUGAUCUUAGAUUUUAAUUUGGUAACAGUCAAUGUGUAACACUGAGGUUAAGGAUAGUAUAUAAGAUGGAAGAGUUUAGUUAUUACCUGUCAGUUUGAAAGAUGUUUGUAUUAAAUCAGACUUCGUUUUGACUGAAUUAAACAGUAUAAUCAUAAUCAGUAGUUUGAACAUUCAUAGAAUGAUAUAAACCUAAAACGUAUUGAUCAUAAAUAUUAUUCCUAAUUUUACAUUCCUCUAUCUUCCUCAAUUUCUAUUUCCCAUCUACUAAGUUCUCCAUUUCGUACCGUUACUGCUACAUUGGUGUUUAGACUUGCCUAUCCUGAUGACAGAAUCAAACUUUGUCGAGUGAAACACUUGAUCUCUUGUAUCCUACUAUAUCACAUAGAUUGACUGGAGAAAAAUGGAACUGAAAGCAAUUAAGUAAGGCGUGAUGAUGAAAUAAUUCUCCCGACUGUACAGGGAAGUGAUAUCAAUCAGUCGUUUCUCUAAAACACAAGCAUAGUCAAUGGUGCUGCCAUCUCCCCUCAGUGAAAGAAGAAAAUUAAAAAGGAUGGGAUCCAAAAAUAGUAUGUCUCACCUCGCCCCACAGAUUUCUGUCACUGAGAGUAAUGCCUUGUUGGUACGGAGCUAAUACAUUCCGAACACUUCACUGAAAGAUAAUAUGUGACCAACCUCAAGUAGUUGUCCUUUAUUCUCUAUAAUCAUACUCCUAGACUGUUCAGAACAGCAUUCAACAUCACCUUUGAUUAACUGACUAACUUUUCACAUUAAUAUUUUGCUAAUUUCAUUCUUAUCUUUUCACAAUAUUUUGUUGGUUUUCUCUUUGAAUGUGUGUUGGUAUGUAGUUUAUCAAAUAAUUUCUGUCAUAAUUAGAUGAUUUUAACAGAUGUGGGGGAACCUUGGAAACUGUUUUACAGGAUCAAAUCACAGAAACUAUGUUUGAUGUGUAUUUAUUCAUUAUUUUUGUUGAUGGAAUUUUGAUAUCCUCUUCACUAUAAGCUUCUAUUUGACACAAUAACUGUAGCAAGAUCAUUUGUCCGUCCGUAAAUUACAGUUGAUUAACUAUAAACCUGUUACUCUGUUUGAUAACAUAAAUUUCUUGUUGUGUAUUUUUGAGAUUCAGUAUUUACGGUAUCUGGUAGUUCGACUGAUUGUUAUAAAUUUCAAGAAUAAAGAUAGUACAGAUUAGUGAAAGUUGUUUACUCUUCCUAAUGUACUGAUUGGUGGAUCAUGGAACUGAUAGAAUGUCUUAGCAAGUGCAAAAACUGUGUAGGCAGGCUAAUAGUGGCUAAAGCAUUGUGUAGCGAUGGGAUUUACUGCGUUUACCACUCCAUUAAUAUCACACGUCUCAUCAACUUUACUGGGCUUCUGACUGAAAUAAUCGUGGAACCGAUUCAGGAUGCUUAUACUAACUCACGUCAGUUGUAGAGUAGUUGAGAUAUCUAUCUCACAAACAAAGGAUGACUAUCCUACACAUCAGUUAUUUCUAUUCUACUUUAUGUCUGUGGAAGUUAGCCCUUAUGAAAAAAGGAUAUUCGUAGAUUAUGAGUGUUUGAUCACAGAUGCCUAUGAAGCAUUGCUUGCGUGUCUGGAGACCAAAGAAUGAGUAAUGUUGAAGUGAGAUACAGAAUACUAAGUAAUUAUAACAAAUCAGUUAGUGAAUAUCCAUCGACUGAAGUGUUUAUGUACUGGAUAUGUAUUACGUAUGGUCAAAGAUAGUCUACCUUGACAUAUGACGUUUGUUGGUGCACUAGUGGGCUGCGAAAAAUGUAGGAUGCCAAAACUAAAAUGUAGAUUUAUACUAUGAAGUCAUUAAGAGGUGAAUUUAAAUGUGUCCGUAUGAGCAGAUUAACGAUUUGGAGUCCGCGUAGUUUGUUUUUAGUCAAGAUCGAUGACUAAACAUGAAAUGGCCUAAAACUUGUCGGAAUGAUCUACACAAUACAUUUAUUCUUUAUCUCAAAAACAAAUACUUUUUUUUAACCAUGAAUUUCACUUUUUCUUCUCAAAUCUUACUGCUUACUCACAAUUUUUUUGUUCUACUACCACUUAUAUUGUUACUACUCUGAAAUUUGUCUUGAUCAUUUCUUUUCUCUGUUUUAUUGUAGUGUGUAAAUUUGGAACGAUGCACAUUUUGUACUAGGUUGUAUUUUGUUAACGAUCGACUAAUUGAACCAGAAAUAUUGCAUACCAAAGUAAACAGGAUUCCAAGGUUAAGAACUACUUUGAUGGUUUGUGAGCUCAUAAUUACUUGAAUUAUUCGCAUAAAGAUGAUAAUUAAAAUAACCCAUAGUGUCAUUGAAUAAGAAAAAAGAUAAUUCAGCGAAGAACAUUUUCUUUUCGACGAAAUCGUUCCCUUAAACUGCACAUUCGUAUAUAUAGUUAUAUGGAAAAUAUAUAUCUAUAGGAGGAUAGAAAAGACCACUAAGCCGGCAUCCAAUGGUGUUAAUGUCUAACUUCAACCAAUCCACAAAGUUGUGCCACCGUUAACCAUUGUUUUCAGUGAGCUCAUAUCUAACAACAGACCUGGUUGAACUCCACUGGCAACGGCUUCUCACUAGGACUCCAGGAGUAUCUCUUGAAGUCAGUCAGUAGUGAGCAGAUGAUUACUAUCAGAAGGGGUUUUGUGGAGAUUUUAGAAAUUUCACUGAUUGAAAUCAUGAGUCAACUGAAGCUAGACCACCAUGGAAAACCUGGAAGCGCUGAAUGGCCGUCUCAUCCUAGUAUGGGACUUUUCUGCAGUGCGCGUCCAUGAUCCCGCACCCCGCGAGAUUCGAACACAGGACCUAUCAGUCUCGCGCCAGGUGCUUAACCAACUAGACCACUGAGCCGACUAGAUAUUAAAUGAGGAUACGCACUAAUCAAGGGGUGAGGAAGAAAAUAAUUUAUGGGUCAGAUAAUAGUCUAAUUGAAAAAUAUAAAGAAAAACGACAAACAAACUGAAUAGUAAUCGCAAUAGUUGAGAUCAUGAGUUAAUUGAAGCUAGACCACAGUUGAUUAAAUGUUCCUGUAAAGAACUAGUGAUUGUUUUACAUUCUCUUUUUAAAAGCCGCUGCUUUUAGUCUUACCGCUCUUCAACCGACCUGUCUGGCAUAGUAGAACCUUGAGGAACGGUUUUUCUAGCCAGUAUAGCUCGCUUGGUUCACCACGUCACGGUAGUAAUAACGGUCGGGAUCAGGCAGUCGUGGCCCUAAUUUUACAGGUUUAUACCACCUACUUACUUACGCCUAUUACUCCUUUUAGUCUGACGAAAAGAAAGUCAUGUUUCUCGCAUUUAAAUCUUAUUCACAGUAAAAUUCACCAAACGAUUCUCAAGGAUUUUUGGAGCAUCCUUUUAAAUACAUUACCUUCUAGCUGUUCUAAAUAGACGUACGAGAUAACAUGAUUAGGGUAAUAAGGAUAAAUUAUUGCUUACCCCUAAUAAAUGUGCCUUUUUGAUGGUCUCUCUUUUGAUAUACGUCCUUUUUAAUGUGCUUCCUUUUCCUACCGCCUUUUUGCUUGCGGUCUUUUGAAUGAAUAAUUUUUUCUAUAUCUCCUUCUAGUAUGACUUUCUAAAUUUACUAAUAAAUAGUUUUAUUACCAUUUAAGACAUAACCGGCUCGAAAUCCUCUAUUGUCAAUUUAUAAUCCAGACUCAUUAAAACCAUAAAUUCUGCAUAUAUUACCUGAUGUACUUACUUACUUACGCCUAUUACUCCCAAUGGAACAUAGGCCGCCGACCUGCAUUCUACAACCCACACUGUCCCACUCUGACUUCCUUUCUAGUUUUAUCCAAUUCUUGUUCAUUCGUCUCAUGUCUGUACCCAUUUCUCAAAGUAAUGUGUUCUUUGGUCUUUUUCUUCUCCUCAUUUGGUCUUGAGGAUUCGUUGUGUGGGUUUGCCUUGUGACGCAGUUGAGUGCUUUCCUCAAUAUGUGUCCUAUCCACUUCCAGCACUUCUUCCUGAUUUCCUCCUCCACUGGAAUCUGGUUUUCUGUACCUUAAUUAUUUGACAUCUUUAUUGUAUGCAUAUAGCAAAAUUGUUAUUGCAAUAUAAUCGUACGUUCUCAUGUAUUAUUAUUAUUACUAUUAUUAUUAUUAUUAUUAUUAUUAUUAUCAUUAUUAUUAUUAUUAUUAUUAUUAUUAUUAUUAUUAUUAUUAUUCUUAUUAUUAUUAUUAUUAUUAUUAGACAUGUCCUACUUUGUACUACGGAAGAAGUCCUAUUCAUUUCGAAACAAAUAAUUCAUACGUUUAAUGUUAUUCUUGAGUGACAUGACUGAAAAUCGUUUGCAACGUACCAGGUGCAUCCACUCUUUGUGUUCUCCCAAAUUUUAAUCUUCUGACUUCUCCAUGUUCCUUUUCUUUUUCUCUUUCCAAAUGUAUUUCACUGGAUUAUACUCCUUGAAUAACAUGUUCAAACCCUAAUCCUUCCGAUUACUACUUAUACUUUUACUACCUCUACCACUAUGGGAUUUGAGUCGACAAUUGUAUUUCGGUGCUAAUGUGGUAUGGCAACUUGAACUGAUGUACGUACGUACGAAGUCCUACGUUGUUGCUGACUGACUGACUUAUUCAGUCAUUCACUCUUUUAUUCUCCUUUAAAUUUAGUAGAAAUACAUAUUUGUGCAGUUUUUAACUGUAGCAAGUAUUGAUUUCAUUAUUCGUUGUGUUUGCUUUUUGUUGUUGUUGUUGUUGGUAGUCAAUGCAUCAAUUUGUUUUACAUUUUUUGGCUCUGGAUAUUCCAUUGUGUAUUGUCAAGCUGGUUGGAAUACAGUCAUAAUUCAUGUGUUUCAUGCUAUGAUUUCUCAUGAAUUUUUCACUUUAUUUAUACUUGAGUAUUAAACAAAAGUAUUUUUACAGGAUUUAUCAUGCGAUGUAAAAUGAAAGUUUUUUUGUUUUGUUUUUGAAUUUUGCGGCGAAAGAAUGAAAGUCGUUUUCUCAAUUCUGAUUGGCUCAUCCAAUUAUUAUCGUUACAUUGAUUACAUGAACUGAAUAGUACAUUUUAAAGUGUCAGAUUCAAAUUCAUUAACUAACUGUGAUAUGAGAACAACUUCAAGUAAUUGUUGCUUGAGCACUGAUAUCACCUUAUCAAACCGUCCAGACCACACCAAACUCAGUCUUCUUUUCCUGGCAACUAAAGAAGUAUGAUCUUUCCUUGAAAUGAGUAACAUGCAAGUAGUAAUUCUCAUCAUACACGUUCAUACUGAGACUCGAACCCAAUAACUUCCACUUCAAACGAUAAUGUCUAAUGCGCUGAGCUACUGAGUUCAGAUAUUAUAAGCUUCUGAAGAUGCGCUAACGAGAAUGGAGAUUGCCUUAAUACAGUUCUUAACCUCAAAAAUAGGAAAAAAGACAAAACCUUAUAAAUAAUGUUACAAAAGUCUCAACCAUAUAAUUAUUAGCUAUUCAUCAUCGAUAGAAUAGUCAUCCUUUGUUUGCAAGACAGACAUCUUGACUACUCUACAAGUGAUGUGAGUUAGUAUAAACCAAUCAAGCAUCUUGAAUCAGUCUCGAGCCCAGUAGGGUUGAUGAGAUUUCCCCUGUAAGUAAUAUGGUGGACGCUCUUGUUAAUAUCACUCUCCAUCAUUAGUUGAUAUUUGUUUUUAAAAAAAACAUAUUAGUAAUAAUAAUGAAACUUAAACUUUCUGCUCGACUUGAAUUCAUAUCGUUCAUUGUUAGUGUCAGAGAAGUUAGUAAUCCGUAUUAUAGUGACUGAGUGACCUUGUUUGUGAUUGAGAUACACUAACUGAAUAGUUACUAAAAUUUUAUUUGUCUAUUCACACAUGUUGAUCGUAUUCUAUCGGACAAAUCGGAAUAUGCACUUUAGUUCAAGGAACUUGAUAUUGUGUAUGCUUUAAGUUGUUAUCAAGUAUUUUGAGGUGAUCUUCAUAAUCUCCUUGUAUCCAAAUCUGUUCUUGUUGACUUAUAUCGGCCUAAUAUAUCUAUUCUUCUAAAAGGAUUAAUGUUCUUACUUUGUGCGUGGAGGACAGCUGACAGAUGCAUUCCAAGUAAGGACCGGAGUCAGACAAGGCUGUCUACUCUCUCCCUUCAUCUUUCUUCUGGUGGUCGACUGGAUUAUGAAGACCUCGACAUCUGAGGAAAAACAUGGCAUACAAUGGACAGCUCAGAAUCAAUUAGACGAUUUGGACUUCGCAGAUGACCUAGCCCUCUUAUCGCAUACACAUGAACAAAUGCAGAUAAAGACAGCCAGUGUAGCAGCAGUCUCUGCAUCAGUAGGCUUCAGCAUACACAAAGGAAAAACCAAGGUCCUCAAAUUCAAAAUGAAGAACAGCAAUCUAAUCACUCUUGAUGGCGAAAGUCUUGAAGAUGUAGAAUCCUUCACAUACCUAGGAAGCAUCAUCGAUGAACAAGGAGGUUCAGAUGCAGACGUAAAGGCGAGGAUUGGUAAAGCAAGGACAGCAUUCUUACAGUUGAAGAACAUAUGGAACUCAAAACAACUUUCAACCAAUAUCAAAGUCAGGACCUUCAAUACGAACGUCAAGGCAGUUCUACUGUACAGAGCUGAAACUUGGAGAACUACAACAACCACAAUCAAGAAAGUACAAGUAUUUAUAAAUAGCUGUCUACGCAAGAUACUCAACAUCCAUUGGCCGGAUGCCAUCAGCAACAGCCUUCUGUGGGAGAGAACAAACCAGCUUCCAACUGAAGAGGAAAUUAGGAAAAGACGAUGGAAAUGAAUAGGACUUACAUUACGCAAAUCGUCAAACUGUAUCACGAGACAAGCCCUAACUUGGAAUCGUGAAGGGAAGUGGAAAAGCGGAAGGCCAAAGAACACAUUAAGUCGGGAAAUAGAAACAGAUGUGAAAAGGAUGAAUAAUAACUGGAAGGAGCUGGAAAGGAUUUCGCAGGAUAGGGUUGGAUGGGGAAUGCUGGUGGGCGGUCUGUGCUCCUCCACAAGGAGUAACAGGCAUAAGCAAAGUAAGUGAUGUCCCUGCUUUGUACAACUGGAUAUCAUGCAACUAUCAAUACAAACUGAUAAAUUUCUACUUUUUGCAACAUCAAAUGAUGUUAACUACAAGUCUUGGAUAAAAUUAAACGAAAAUCCUAUGAAACUUCUGAACGUCGAAUAUAUAAGCAUAUAAACCCAUUUACUCAUUCAGUCAUGAAAUCACCUACUUUCUUACUAAUACAGACAAUAUUGAUUUUAAAAGAGAAGUCAACUAUGUUGUCAUGUUGUUCCAAUUAUAAUGUGCAUACUUAUACAAAUCUAUAUUUUGAAUUCACCCUUUUUUUGUAACUAAAUGAUCCAAUUUUACGACAUUCAACGAUGUCCAGAAUGUAGGACAAUAGGUUUUUAUAUUUUCAUCCUACAAAAGUACUCCUAUACGCGUAUGUGUAUAGAUUUUAAAAAAAUACCUGAUUGUAUUUGAUAAUGUAUUAUCCUAUGGAUUAGCCAUAGUGAUUAGCAGUGUGUACGUGUGUGUGUAUGUAUGUACGUAUGUAUGUAUGUACGUAUGUAUGUAUGUACGUAUGUAUGUAUGUACGUAUGUAUGUUAUAUAUAACUGAACGACCAUUAAUUUAGACUCUUUAUGGUUGUGUGUAUAUGUUUGUAUGUGUAUAUAUAUAGAUUGAUUAUAAUUUUAUUUGACAAAUAAUGACACUGGUUCAAACUGUGUAAAACUGAUGAUGAUUCUUUUUGGGGGGGGAAUGCACAAUUCGAUGUGUGUAACUUAAGUGAUAGAAUUCUCAUAAUGAUCUGAAAGAAUGUUACAUAUUUACAGUGAAUGAUUUGAGUGAGUUUUGAAAAUACUAGACAAAUACAAUCAAUAAAACAAACUGAUUGUAUAACUUUUCAAUUAUUGUGUAUGUGACCAAUUUUAUGUAUUUGAUUAUUGGUGUUGUAUACGUUUACCAUUUUAGAUGGUUGAAUAUAAGGUGCAUCAUGAUACCGAUUAUUGAAUGACAUCACCAAUAUUGUCUGAUCAUGUAAUAGUGACCAAUAUCACUAUUAUUUAGUCAUUUAAGAUUGAUUGAAUUCAGUUGAUCAAAUUAUCUUAUGAGAAGUAGUUUAAAUGAUUUGAGGUGUUAGGUAGUCCGCAGGAGACAUGGACAAAUAUUUCGUAGAAGUUGGAACUCGUUAUAAAGGCGUACCUUCAAUCUGAAAGGAACCUAUGCUCGUUGGUAGAUUCGAAUCUGUGUCACCCAAAUUUGUAUUCUGAGAUAUUUCUACCAAGCACUAAACCCCUGGAGAUUGCAGGUAUGCCUUCCUAAUAGGCACUAACUGGUACGAAACCCCAGAUUCACGGUUCCCGUCCAUAACAUCCAACUAUCUAACAUCAUGAUAUAAAAAUAAAUGGAAAGAACACUAGGCAUGGUUAGAAUAGGGCAUAGAAUCCGUUAAUGAAGUUACAAACUUUUCGUUUGGACUUCGCCUAAAAAUGAUGACCUAUAUUUUAACAUAGAGUAAUAUAACUAUUAGACUUAUCGCUGUAGAAAAGUUGUAUUUAGUUCAGUUUUGUCUUAUUCUCAUAGUUCACAAUUAUCGAUCUAAUUUAUUCUGUUUUAUUGAUAUCACGAACAGAUCAAAGACCAUCAUUGAAAAGUUGGAAGCCUUGAACAGUCGUUUCAUCCAUGUAUUAGACUCCUCAGAAGCGUAUAUAUACGGCCCUAUAAGCAAGGGCUGGACCAAGGACCCUCGAUUACUCGCGCAAACGCUUAACCUCUUGACCACAAGGCUUAAUUCAGUGACUCCGUAAUGCUGACCAAUCGUGUUCGACCGUCUUCAGUAGGUACCUUCCUCACACCCGACACAGUGUAGCUUCUCUGAUCAGGGUUUUUCACUAAAACUCCAAAAUAUUUCCUUUUGAAGCUAGUCAUUAGUGAGUACAUGAUCGUUGUUAGCAUAGUCUUACAUAGGUGGACAAGUUUGACUUCAAUUCCACUUUUAUUACAUUACCAUUGUCACCAUUAUAAUUUCUAUUGUCAUUUCCUCUCUAACUAUCUUAUCAAUUUCUUUUCUUUAUGUAUUGUAACUUGGCCCGAUAUAAAUUUUUGUCAGACUGUAUGUUGAUAUCGAUCGACUGGAUGACCAAUAGCCAAUAAGCUUUCAUUAGCGUUUGUAUCCAGUCCAAUAUUAUAUGUAAUAAUCAUAAUAUCCAACUAUUUAUCACAUUCUAUCAGCAUAUUCCAUGAUUUCUUCUAUACUUUCGACUAAGCAAUCACAUUUAGUAGUCGUGACAUAACUUACUAGUUUUAAAUAAACUGAUGUUUGCUGGUAAAAUAAGUUUACGACCUUUGAGAAUUAGAUCAUCAAUUUUUUUUACGUGAACCAGGCAACUUUCAUAUACGCAAAGAUGGAUAGUGGUUAGCAGUAGAAUCCAGUUUGACGCUAGUUUCAUCCUAUUUGGGACUCGUCAGCUGAAUAUACCUGCAUCUCAGAGUUGAUGUUCACUCUGGGACUCGCACCCAGUACGUUCGCAUCAAACUCCAUCGCAUUAUCCACUUAGCUAGUGAGUCUCGAUAGCCACCUGCUUGUGCAAUAGGUGAAGACAUAUUCACUUGGUGUUGUUUACUUGUGUCUUCCCAAUUUUAUUUAGGAUGGCCAUUGAUCAGCCUCUUGUUAGCACAUCCGACUGACGAGUCCCAAACGGGACGAAACGUGCGUCAAAGUGGAUUCCACUGUUAGCCACUAUCCAUCUUUGCUUAUACAGCUUGGGAAUUAAGGCAAUAUCGAGACGUUCCGCACAGGAUGCACAUAUGCCAACAAGAUACAAGUAAAACAACACCAAGUGAAUAUAACUUUCAUGAUAUUCACACUUCUAUUAAUUCGAAAAGCAAAAAUACAGUGGUUUGUAAAAUUCUACUUGGAAUUCAUUAUGUAUGAUGAUUUACUAAAUAAUCGUUUAAAUUAUUGUAAUUUAGUUGGUGAAUAUACUAAACUUAUCCUACGUAAAUUCAAAGUUCAUUGGAAUAGAUCGUUGAUUUAAUUAUUAAAAGGAUAUUUGACACUUUGUUUGUCGAUCGUAGGUUCAAACCCUGUUCUACCUACUUCAUUUUUGGGUAUUUAGUUAGACUAGUUAGUUUACAAAUAAACAGUGUAGCUUGAAACCAAGUACAUUAACCCAUAAAUAAUUGAUAAUAUACAUAGAUGAUCAGUUUUUUAGUAAUUAAACAGAGUUGAUAAUUGAACGAACCCCCACAAAACUCAUUCAAGAGUUGGCUUGUAGUGAACAAGAACAUCAAUGGGAACAAUCGAAUGUAUUUAACACAAAAUUACAGGACAAAUAGUAGAUGCUUAAUUUGCAAAAUGUCCACCAAUUGUCUCAUAGUGACUCAGACUUCAUUGUUCUUGCAUUUUCAUACAAAUUGCAUUCUGUUUCCAUUCUUAACUGUUCGAUCCUCUUGUUUCUCUGAUGCCAGACCUUCUGUUCACGACUAACAUCAUCUACUACUUAUGUCAAUAUAAGUAGCACACACCACAGGCUGACUAAACACUCUACUAAGUAUUUAGCAUUAUUAAUGAGGUUUCCAGAGGUCAGAAGUUAUCCAUGAACCUAAAAAUAAGGUUGCUUUCUGUACAUCGACAAAACUUAAAGUGAAACAUCCAUUCUUAUUUUAAAUGUUUCUCCACAGUUUUGUAUCUAACAAUACGAUAAUUCCAGUAACCUAGAUGCGACUAGGAAGUUAGUGUCGAACGCCUGAAUGUCAGUCAUACUACUUAUGUCACACCAAUCGAGAUUGGAAAACUUGGCAUCAGAAGGCUGGGAUGAUCGAAUCGAAGAGAACGAGAACAGAGAGUAAUUGCUAUGGCAAUGAGAUAAUUGAUGGAGGAUUUGCAAAUGAAGUACUGAACGUAUGGUUUUCACAUUUGAUGAAAGAACUCUGUGAUUUCACAUCAAAAUAUGAUUUGGUUGUCCACAACUGAGUCUUCAUCCAUUCCAACACUAAUUGUUAGAUAAUCUUAUUAACGCAAUCAGUUCCAAACACGAAUUGAUACUAACUGAAGAUCUAGUGAUAAACAAUUAGCAUUGGAUAGCCGUUUCGUCGUAGCAUGAGAAUCCGCGGGAGUGUUUAUCCAUCCGUCUGUUCGUCAAUUAGUCAGUCGUCAGGCUAAAUCCCUGGAUAGUUGAGAUAGUAAUAGUAUCAGUAGUAAUAGGAAAGUUUAGGUAUUGAAGGUACGAUUCAAAAAGAAAAUAUAAAUUAGUGAAACAAAAAGACAAAACGUCAUGAGGAAUUCAGAAGCUCAGGAUUUGGGGGAAGACAAAUAUUGGAUGAAUCUGAGUCAUUCCAAACGAUUUUGAGCCAUUUCAUUCAGAGACUAUAAGCUUUAGUUACGAUAAUCACAUCAGAAAACAUCACCUGUCGAGGUAGGUUGCGGCUGACCAUACGAGACAAAUGUCCUCAUCACCUCACUUGAUGAAUAUUUACUACCUCAUUAUGCGAUUCUCCAUGGUUUCCCAGUGCCCUAUUCCUAACCUAGACAUUGGUUACUUCGUGGUCCCAAAAUACAUGAUUACUAUUUCAAAGUCUUAUGAUCGAAUACUGAUAAACUAAAAAUAUCCCAUAUUCUUAAUGGCCAUGUUUCACAUCCACAAAGUGGAACGGAGCAAACUGCUGCGCAGUAAACUCUCCCUUUAGUUUGGACAGUGAACCCAGGACAUUUAGGUAUGAUCAUAAUUUAGUUACCCUGAAAAAAUAGCUACUAAACAGAUCUCGAAUGAGAUGGUGAACGAAUAACAUUUAUACAGUACGACAAAGCUGAUAUCUUUAGGUGUACUAGGCCAAGAUGACAGAUCUAUUGAUGAGGCUGUAAGGUUUAAUAGAUUGACUUAAAUAAGAUAUGUAACACAUAUUCCUAACCAAAUCUUCCCUCGAUCACUUAUAUUUGCUGAUAUAGGAAUCGGUUGAAGCUGGGAUCCAGGAUCAUUUUACGAAGUCACUAAGAACUGCGUCGUUGAGGUACACGUGUUACCAUGUCACAGGAUCUGCCAGAACAGACUAGAAUGAAUUCACUCUGUAUUUUCGCUCAUAUCUUGAGUUUUAAAAUCAUCUCAUACUUUGUUUGCUUCAAGAAUUCAUCCCUUCCUUUCUGAUCAUAUUGUCACACUCAUAAUGUUUCCUUCUACUACCACCAGUACUGUUAAUUGUCUGACAACAUUUAUCUUGAUAAUUUCUUCUCCAUGUAUUAAUGUAGUGUGGUAAGUUGAACUGAUAGAUAUACCUUCGAGGCUCUAAGAUGUAUAUGACUAAUUAACUGAUCAUAAACUUUAGUUCAAUAUUUUUCUGCUGACGAUAUCCAAUCACCUAAAGUUACACUGUGAUAAUUUAAACCAAUUCAUAUAAGUGCCAUUAAUUCUUUUCAAUACUUAAUUAGACAUUCCUGAAACCCUCUUCUCAAGAAUAACUAAUUCAAAUAUGCUCAGUUUGUGUAGUUAGAAGAGAAAUUAUUGAUGUAGAUUUCUGUACUACAUUCAUGUAUAUCUAACCACCGUCUACCUUGACACACAUUGUUUUUUAAUGAUAUAAAAAGUUAAUUGGCCAUCAAGACGAUACGUAUAAUCAAUCCAUGGAGUAUAAUAGGCCGUGUAAAUAAAUGAAAACCAGUUAACUCGUAAUGAUUGUAAUCGAUAUCUGAAGACGUCGAAUGACAGACAUAUAAUUGAUCACAAUGGCACAGAGCUGUUCAAUUUUUAUUCACGAAUCAUAUUGUCUACGUCUAAUUUUUCCUCCUGCUACUACUCAGAUUGUCAAUACUCUUACAUUUUCUUUGAUAAUUUCAUCUCACUGUACUGAUAUUAUGUAUGAGGCAAUUUGAAUGGAUUUAUAUACACAUAAAGUCUUUUUCUAUUGCUUAUUACCGUGUUUAUUAAAUGACCUAUAAUCAACUAGUGUUUCAUAUUAGCUUACAAUAUACCGACUGUAGCUUAUUUGAUAUGUCUCAGGCUAAAUUUUGAGUGUAUGAACAUAAAUAUUAAAGGAAUAAUGAUUGGUUUGAGUGCUAUUCAAAUAUGUUCUCAAUUUGUCCAUGGUCAAACUUUUUAUUUCAACCAAAAUAAAUAUUUAAUUGGUGAUAAAUAACAGGUUAUUUGGUUAGUUGAAUACCAUGGUAACCAUUUACUUUUGAUUGUAUGUAAAAUUUUAAUGAUAUUUAGGAUUUAAAGAAAUCAUGGCGAGACUCUAAUUGAUGGACGAGCCAGUCAGAGGCAUUUUAGAUAUUUCAAGGUUACGGCGCCAACUUCAGUGCUUAAUGCUAACGUACAAUCGGUUCACAGGGAAUUUUGUACAAAACGUGAUAACUGAGCGGCUAUAACAAAUAAAACGGUGGGACUAUAAUUUGUGGACGGAUCAAUCAGGUAUAAGAUAAUAGAUCUCGGAUUUUAACGCGAAAGCCUUUCAUCCAUUUGGCUAAAUCAAUUUCUGGCAUCAUAGCCGAUGUCAGUUCGUGAUGAAAACCCCAUAUAUAAUUCUUAACUAAGGCAAAUUACGACAAUUAUUGCGAACUGGAUAAUAAAAGCACCAGUCACACCAGCUGCAGUCAGGUACUACAAUAUAUACGGAUGAUUGGAGAGCGUACAGACUCCUACAUAGUCUUGGUUAUGUGCAUCAUGUUGUUGUCCACAAGAAGCCUUUUGUGCACUCAACAAUCGGAGUGCACAUAAACAAUAUUGAAGCUAUGUGGUCGAGGCUGAAAGAGUUUUUGAGACUUUAUCAUGGCUCCAGAGGCCGACUAUUCUGUAGCUAUAUGGAUGAUUUUCUUCUACUGCAUGAAUUACGAUUUUAGAACCUCUGAACCUCUUUCUAACCUUGACAAGUUUUUGAACCACGUAUAAGAAGUGUAUCCAGUUUAUUUUCUUGGUUUUGUAUAACAUAUUUUUACUCUAUACUGACUGUUUGCUGAUUGGCUCAAGGUUGCUUAAGAUUCUUUCAAAGGUUGUCCAUAAAUUAGAGUCCCGCCGAAAUGAUUUAUUCAUAAACUUAAGGUGCAUGUUCCGUUACUGUUCUGUUGUCACAUGUCGCAUAGUUCAUAAAGGUGAGCAUCUCCAACUAAGCUGUUGUCAAUAUCAUUUAGUUCUUCCGAAUUUAUUUGAACAAAUCUUCCUAUCAUAAUCUCUACAAGGCUGCUAUUGCUUGUUGCUCAUUUGAAGAAAUCCAGGAGUUGACUAUACAUUUUGGUAGUUUCUCGGCUAAGAAAGGCAAAACAAAUUGGUAUUGUUAUGAAACUCAUGUCGAGUACAAUAAUUUGAUAAAGAGAUAUGUAUUCGUAGUUUGCUUUAUAGGUUACAUCCAAACUGAAAACAUCAAGAUAAUGAUCCAUCGAGUUCCUUUGAUCCGUCGUUACGAAUAAACAAUAGUUCAACUAGUUACCUUUAUUCAGUUUAUAUUUACAUCAUCCUUCGAGUGACAUUAUAUGACUUCUGGAAUUUUCAUAAUUUUCUUCAUCACAUUCAUUUACAUAAUGACAUUGUUUAUCCGGAAGAUUUGCCUAAAAAAGUUUCAUAAAUCACAUUAAACACAUCCUGUGGAUACAGACUCUAUCUAAAUAAGGGGUAUACAUAAUGCACCACAUUAAAUCCAGCAGUGUCUGGAAUUAGUAGAGGCCUGAGGGAUUCGUACUUCGACCUCAUUGGCUCCCACAUCCACAAAUUAAUAUGAUAAGACAGUGCAUUAGAUUCAUGGUCAUAGUACACGUUUCAACAAAUUAAAGUCCAGUAUCCAUCUAUCUCCUUGGAAGAUAUAAAUGCUGGAUAAAUUCAUUUUGAGGAAGCACUGGGCGAAACACCUCCAUAAGAUUACUACUCCUACCUCCUUUUUUAGGGAUGAUUGAGUUUUAUUCUGGCAGCUUCAAAACCAAUUUGAUAACAUACAAGCUUAAAGUGUGCUUUCUGUUUCCAAUGGAGUUGAGAAGUAUGAAUGGGUAAAAGUUAUCCAGCGAAAACAGAAACAGUGUAUUCAGAAAUAAAUUCCCUGUGACUGUGACGACGUCCGAACUUGACCACUGGUGGGAUCACGUGUACACACUGCUGAGUAGUCCCAUACCAAGACGAGAGUACUGUGUCAAUGCUCCUUGCUUUUCAAUGAUGUUCCAACUGAAAUCAAUCUGCGACGCAUAUGGUCUGGAAAUAAUAGUUAGGCAAAGGUUUUUACCAGUCAGUAUUUUCUACCUGUAGUCAAUCACUAUAGUUUCUUUUACCAGUUUAGCUGUUGCAACUGUGUUUUUACAUUGUCUCAUAAAUAACGUGUCUUAUUCCAAAUAUGGUUGUCUCUCAUUUUAUUGAAGGGUAGAUAUAAAGGAAGAUAGGUCAAGAAUUUCAAUGUCACUAUAUGAGUUUUUCAGUAAUUAAUGUGACAAUAAUAUAUAAGCCUGUUGUAAUCGAGUGUGUAUUCCUUCAAGUAACAUUCAUAUCUAUUCAGUUUAAGCAAACAUGGAACAUACAGACCAGUUACGAUAUUUGAGAAGUUGGUAAAUAGUUUACCCAAACCACUGACCAGUGUGUUACUCCGAGUUGGAAGCUGUUCAUAUUGCUCACUCACAACUGAGAACGCAAUCCAAUUUAAGGAACUUGAUGUCCCCUAUGGAUUGCAACGCAUUUAGACUAUAUAGCGUGUUAAAAUCUCAGUGGUUCAUCUUUUCUACUUCAGUUGAUUCGUCUGUUCAUUGAUAAUUAAUUUCUAUACAUGAGCAUUAUGAGGUUCUUAAGUUAAAUUGUGAUCUGUCAAGUUAAGUUGGAUGGGAGUCGAACAGUCACUCAUCGAACUUGUGAAUGAGUAAACGAAAAAUGAGUGAGUGAGACCGUGAUUCAUUGGUAUUACUGUUUAUGGGAGUUGUACGAUAUCAGAGACUGCCUGAAUGGAAAAAAGGAGUUGAUUGUAUUCCAUCUCCAAUUAUAAUUUAUAUACUGUGAGUUAGAUCGCUUGUGCAACUAUCGAUGUGCACUUCUGAUGAUCGCAAGGUUAGAUGAUAAACUGUCUAACCAGUCACAUACCGAAUGACUCAGUGGUAACAUUUUGAACCUGAAAGUGGGGGAUGCGAGUUCGAAUCCACCAGAGAGCACUGACUCUCACAAGAUUGUAGGUGUACACGGCUGAUGAGUUUCAAGUAGAAUGAAAGAUAAGUCUAUGGUUUCCUGCCGACCACUUCCAACCACUAGACAUGAAAAUAUAGUGGAUACGAUGUCGAAUCACUUAGAGUACUGGCUACUUUACAACUCGAACAAUAAAAUUCAAUUUAGUUCGACUUCUAAUUAGAACUCGUAGAGAACUUAAAUAAUCUUACGAGUUUUGUACAGAUUUUUUUCGAAUGUAUAUCAGAGUCUUGUAAAUAAUGUUAAUCAUACUAUUCAAAAACUGGGUUUGGAUUUAACCUGUUGUUCACAUUCAAGACUGGAUAUGUAUGUGUAUAUGUACGCUGUGAAAUGAUACCUUGACAUACUUUCGGAUCACAAGUUGUAGGAUAUUUGGUAUGUGGUUAGAAGUGAAGUCUAAAACCUGUGUUUCUCACUAUGUAAAAAUCAUUAGAUUACUAAUAUAUUCAUACACGUUUAACAAGUUUUGACUUUCUGAAAUUAGUUGUUUAAUGCAUAACAUGUUGAAGUUUAAAGUGACAGGUGCUGGAUUUGAAUGUCAAUAUGGAUAUCAACACCAUGGCUCAGGUUCAUUCAUAUGACGACUCCUAUAUAGGAUGAAAUACACGUCCUGGUUUUGACUGUCUACCACAUUUCAAACAAACUAGUUUUUUUAUUGAAAACCUCAAGUGAUAUAAAUUAGACCACCAUUGAAAACUUGGAAGCAAUGGACGGACUUUUCGACCUAGUAUGGGACUCCCUAGUAGUGCGCAUUCACGAUCCCACACGUGGGACUCAAACCCAGGGCCCUUGGUCUCGUACGCGAAUGCUUAAGCUCUAGACCACUGAUCCGGUGUCCAACGGUGUUGAUGUCUAACUUCAUUCGAUCCAUGACCUUGGAUGACCCUUCGUCCAUUGUCCGAUAGGGAUAACUGUCUCCACUGAACACGGAUUGGACUCCAUUGGUCACGGCUGCUCACCAGAACUUCAGGAAAUUCAUCUUGAAGCUAGUCACCAGUGAACACAUGAUUAUUAUCAAGAUUUGGAUUUGUGGGUGUUGUUUUAAUUUUAAUAGUUGAAUUCAUGAUUCAUUCUAAGCUAAGUUAGACAUCCUCACCAUUCGAUGCCGGAUCAGUGGUCUAGAGGUUGGGUAUUCGCGCAUUAGGCCAAAGGUCCUGGGCUUGAGUCCCUCGUGUGAGACGAGUUCCAUACUAGGACGAAACGGCAGUCCAUUGCUUCGAGGUUCUCAAUAAUGAUCUAGCUUAAAUUGACUCAUGGAUUCAACUAUUAUAAUUACUACAAUCUCCACAAAUCCCCAUUCUGAUAAAUGAUAAUCGUAAAACAAUGAUAGUUCGAACAAUAAUUGUUCGGACGAAACUAUCGUAAAUGAGUUAUGUAAUAUCUAUAACAAAUUUAGUAAAAAAUGAUUUUUUUUGCUAAAUUUAUCAAUGAGAACACAUAAUGAUGAACGAUGAUGACGAAACCAAAGUCCUGGAUUCCAUUUUUAGUCACUACUCAGAAGUAACAAAUUAAUUGUUCUUCCCCUGUUUUCUAGCCAAGAUAAGUCAAUAAUAGUUUUGUGAUUGGAUUUACUGGCAAUUGAGUUGGAAUUGCUUAAUUUUGUUUUAACCACUAGUUCAUGGACGUAGACGCCCAACUUCGAGACCAACAGUCUGGAUUCCGUAAGGAUCGAACGUGUACCGAACGAAUCGCAACUCUACGGAUCAUUGUGGAAUAAUCAAUUGAAUGGAAUUCAUCACUCAACAUCAACUUCAUUGACUACGAAAAGGCAUUUGAUAGCGUGGACAGAACAACACUACGGAAGCUUCUUCGAUACUACGGCGCGCCGCAGAAGAUAGUCAAUAUCAUACAGAACUCAUAUGAUGGAGUAAACUGCAAAAUUGUGCAUGCAGGACAAUUGACAGACUUGUUCGAGAUAAAGACCGGUGUCAGGAAAGGUUGCUUACUCUCACCCUUUCUCUUUCUCCUGGUGACCGACUGGAUCAUGAAGACGUCAACAUAUGAAGGGAAACGUGGGAUACAGUGGACAUCUAGGAUGUGGAUGGACGAUCUAGACUUCGCAGAUGAUCUGGCUCUUCUAUCGCACACACAACAACAAAUGCAGGAGGAGACGACCAGUGUGGCAGCAGCCUCAGCAGCAGCAGCAGCAGCAGCAGUAGGUCUCAAUAUGCACAAAGGGAAAAGCAAGAUUCUCCGAUACAACACAGAAUGCACCAAUCCAAUCACACUUGACGGAGAAGAUUUGGAAGAUGCAAAAACCUUUACAUAUUUGGGCAGCAUCAUUGAUGAACAUGAUGGAUCUGAUGCGGAUGUGAAAGCGUGGAUCGGAAAAACAAGAGCAGCACAUCUACAACUGAAGGACAUCUGGAACUCAAAGCAACUCUCUGUCAACCAACACUAAGGUCAGGAUUUUCAAUACAAAUGUCAAGACAGUUCUACUGUAUGGGGCAGAAACCUGGACAACCACGAAAGCCAUCAUCCAGAAGAUACAGGUGUUUAUUAACAGUUGUCUAUGUAAAAUACUUCGGAUCCGUUGACCAGACACUAUUAGCAACAACCAACUGUGGGAAAGAACAAACCAGAUCCCAGCGGAGGAAGAAAUUAGGAAGAAGCACUGGAAGUGGAUGGGACACACAUUGAGAGAAGCACUCAACUGCGUCACAAGACAAGCCCUCACACGGACUCCUCAAGGCGAAAGGAAAAGAGGAACACCAAAGAACACAUUACGGCGAGAAAUGGAGAUAGACAUGAGAGAAAUGAACAAGAAUUGGAUGGAACUAGAAAAGAAGGCCCAGGACAGAGUGGGUUGUAGAAUACUGGUCGGCGGUCUAUGCACCAUUAGGAGUAACAGGCGUAAGUAAGUAAGUCAUGAGUUCGAACCACAAAUGCCUAGAUAUAUAUACAGUAGAAAUUGAGUACAUACUCUCAAAUUGGGUCUCGUCUACUUGAAAUAGUCACCGCAAACUGCUUAACUAAAUGCUACUUAUUGUAGGAUUACAAAUGAACUAUUCCAAGAUAGAUUGUGCCUUAGAAGAUGUGUUAUAAUCUUUGAGGUGGAUGGUUGAAUUAUGUGACACAUUUAAUGUCGCUUCAGACGACACUAUCAGCAGGAUAUUACCAUCCAACUUAGAUGAUACAUCCCUUCCAUCUCAUAGCUGUGUUUAUAGAGUAGUUCAUUUAAAUUACGGGUUAGUAUCGACCGUUGAGCCAUAUUACAGAUUGGCUAAAUACGAGAAAUAUUCUUCAUAGUUUAUAUCACAAAUUGACUAUAGUUAGACAGUCAUUGAAUACCAAGAAGCAAUGGAUACCAAUGAGACUGGAAAAAUAGUUACACAAUAUCGUGAUUUGAUUGAAGUUUAGAAAUUCGGACUGAAUGUUUCGAACAGUCAUUGAUACACUGAGUGACCUAAAUAUACUAAAUUCGAUUCGCAGUGGGAUGUGGCUUCACAUUUAAUGACGAAAAUGAUAUCUGGUGUUUUUUUUUUGGUUUUUAAUCGUUGUUUAACUUAGGUUAGCUUGUUAUGUAAACUGUGACACUCGGCAAUCUCUAUAAACCGCUUACAGUCACAGAAGUAUCAAUUUUUGUAUACCAAUACAGUAGCUUAGACAACAUGUACUCACCACAAAGAUUUAAGGAUCAUAGAUACAUAGUAUUUGUGAUCAUACUGUUUCGGAGUUGUCUUAAUUAAUUAAUUAUUUUCAGUUCAAGAUUGUGGAGAUUGUUGAGUAUUAUUUAAAUCAUGAACUGAUGAACAGUAGAGCAUCAUUGAAAGCCUAGAAGCUCUGUACGGCCGUCUCGUCUUAGUAUAGACUCCUCAGCAGUGCUCAUCCACAACUCCAGGUAUGACAAAUUGAACCCAGGACAUUUUGUUUUGUAUGAGAACACUUAAAUUGUAGAUCACUAGGUUGGCAUCCGACAGUGUCGUUGUCUAACUUCAGUCGAUCCUCGACAUUGGGCGACCACCUUCCAUUGUCUUCGGUGGUCAACUGCCUCACAUCUGACAUGGUUGAAUUCUAUUUAUCUGGGUUUCUCACUAGAAUUGCAGAAAUUUCCUCUCAAAGCUAGUCACUAGUGAGCGAAUGAUAGUUGUAAGUACGGAGUUGUAGAGAUUGUUGACUUUGGUUGAAAUCCUGCACCGACCUAAGCUAGAUAUUAACACCGUAAUAUGCCGACUCGGUGGUCUAGAGUUUAGGUGUCCUCACACAAGACAAAAUGUCCUGGGUUCAAUUUGCCACGUUUGGAGACGUAGAUGCACAGUGCUGAGGAGUCCAGACUAAGACGAAACGGCCGUCCAGAGCUUCCAGGCUUUCAAUGCUGUCUUAACUUUCAUCGGUUCAUAAUAUCAAAUAAUGAAUUAUAUCCGUCAACCCUAUAUGCAUAUUCACUUCCGAUCACCUAUUUUAAAAUUGUACAAUUAUUGUGAAUGGCUGUUUUUAUUCUAAUGAAGCGGUGUUAUCUAUGUAAAUUCUAUAUGAUAACUUGCAUAAUUAAACGGAGAAAGUCCAAGCACAAGCUGAAUACAUAGAAGCAAACAAGCAAGUGAAGAGGAGCAUUAGAGCCGACAGGAAGAAAUACGUGGAAGAAUUAGCAACGACGGCAGAAAAAGCUGCUAGAGAAGGAAAUAUGAAACAGCUUCACGAUACAACGAAGAAACCAUCAGGGAAAUACAGUAAACCAGAGAGGCCGG